UCAAGGACGCACAAGUUAUGGCAUGGAUUUUGGGAUCCGUUGAACCCAACAUCAUCUUGAACCUUCGAUCUUCUCAGACUGCAGCUCAGAUGUGGACAUACCUGAAGAAGGUCUACAGUCAACAAAACACUGCUCGUCGUUUCCAGCUUGAACAUGAAUUGGCCACUCUCCAACAGGAUAGUCUUUCUAUCUCUGAUUUUUACUCUAGAUUCACUAAUCUUUGGGCUGAAUACACUGAUAUAGUUUAUGCUGACUUACCAUCCGAAGGUCUUAGUUCUGUUCAAUCUGUCCAUGAAACUACUCAGAGGGAUCAAUUUCUAAUGAAACUAAGGUCUGAAUUUGAAGGCACCAGAUCCAAUCUUAUGAACCGAGAAUCUGUCCCCUCCUUAGAUACAUGCCUAAAUGAUCUUCUUCGCGAGGAACAGCGCCUUCUCACUCAAACCACCAUGGAACAACGACGAUCUACAUCUGUUCCUGUAGCCUAUGCAGCACAAGGCAGGCCACGAAGCAGGGAUAUGAGCACUGUUCAGUGCUUCUGUUGCAAGGGAUUUGGUCAUUAUGCUGCAAACUGUCCCCGAAAAUUCUGCAACUAUUGCAAAAAGGAUGGCCAUAUCAUCAAGGAAUGCCCAACUCGACCCCCCAAGAAAUCGGAGACAGCAUAUACUGUCUCAGUUGGCUCUUCUAGUGCGGGUAGUUUGGUGAAUACAACACAAAGUGCUCCUGCUCCUGCUCCCGUUUCAGUCCAACCCGUGACCCCUGACAUGAUUCAACAAAUGAUCAUUUCUGCAUUUUCAGCUUUAGGACUCUCAGGAUCAACAGUCAGGGCGGAUGAUCGCGAGGGGGCCUAAAGUGGGACGUCUUUUUCCUCUUCAAUUUCCUUUGUCUUCUUUUUCUUUGCCUUUUGUCGCUUGUAAUUCUGCUCAUGUUGAUUACCGAGCGUGGCAUAAACGUCUCGGACAUCCAAACUCUAAUGUACUUCAUGCUUUAUUGAAAUCUGGUUUUCUUGGGAAUAAUGAAACACCAUCUCUUAGUGUUGUUCA